CACCAGCCCACCACCACAGCCUUAAGGAGCCCACGACCACCCGCCUCUACUGUGGGAUAUAUCCGCCUAUAUCGACGCAAGAACACAUACCCGAUAUCAAUGGGUUAGUUCGACUCUCACGGAUAUAAAAUAAAAGUCAAAGCGCUCACGCUAGCCAAAAUCCACAGACCGUCUGUCGUCAUUGUUCCGCAGCCCUAUCUAUCCGACGACGCCUGCAUCGCAUAUAUAUAUUGGGAAAGAAAGAUAUAUAAAAUAUAUAAUACGAAAAAUACUCGGAAUAUCAAUCUCUACUAAAUCGCCCCAUCCAUGGCGGCAGCACUCGAUGAGGAGGACCUCUCCGUAUCCCUCCCAUCCCGGGAGCGCGAUAGCACCCCGUCGCACAAGAACCGCGGCCAUCCCGUUAUACCACCAAAACGUACCCGUCUAGACUACGCCGAUCAAUCUCCUGACACUGCCCGGGACAUGCAAAGACUGGACCAGUACACUACCGUUAAGAUACUGGGCGAGGGUUCGUUUGGCAAAGUCAAGCUGGCAGUGCACCAGGCGAGCGGGAGGCAGGUAGCGCUAAAAAUCAUACCGAAGCGGAAGCUGCUUUCUAGGGAUAUGGUAGGGAGGAUUGAUCGGGAGAUACGAUAUCUACAGCUCUUACGGCAUCCGCAUAUUAUAAAACUGUACACCGUGAUUGCAACGCAGACCGAUAUUGUCAUGGUGCUCGAGUAUGCGGAAAAAGAACUUUUCGACUACUUGGUGAAGCGUGGGAGAUGUAGCGAUGAAGAAGCCCGCAAGUUUUUCCAACAGAUAAUUUGCGCAGUCGAAUACUGUCAUCGUCACAAGAUCGUUCAUCGGGAUCUGAAACCGGAAAAUCUGCUCAUUGACAAAGAUAGGAACGUCAAGAUAGCCGAUUUCGGCCUGAGCAAUAUCAUGACUGACGGGAACUUCUUAAAAACGAGCUGUGGGAGCCCCAACUAUGCUGCACCGGAAGUCAUAUCGGGGAAGCUCUAUGCAGGUCCAGAGGUGGAUGUAUGGAGUUGUGGCGUGAUCCUUUAUGUGCUACUGGUUGGCAAGCUUCCGUUUGAUGACGACUAUAUUCCCGCCCUAUUUAAAAAGAUUGCUGCGGGAAACUUCCAUAUGCCGUCGUACGUGUCGACCGGUGCUGCCAAAUUGAUACGGGCCAUGCUACAGGUACAUCCUGUUCAUAGAAUCACCAUCCCAGAGAUCCGCCAGGACCCUUGGUUUCUUAAGAAUCUGCCGAAAUAUCUCCAGCCCCCAGCAGAGGAGUGGGUCAGCUCGGGAGCAAAUCCCAACGGACCCAUUGACCCCCGCAAGAUCGCACCCGGGCGGCCACUUGCUGUACAGGAGAAAAUUCAACAGAAGGCGAUUACCAAGCUCGAGCAGAGAAUGGGUGUUGAUAGGGAAGACAUAUAUGACGCGUUGAAGAACCCGGAACCAAGUGCGAUCAAGGACGCGUUCUUCAUCAUGGUGGAAAAUGAGAUGAUGCAGACGAACUCCCCUACCGACUCUAGCGAAUCGCCAGUCACCUCACCUGUUUCCCCAGAAUCCUCGGCUUCACCUAUUCCUGUUGGUGGCUCUACCCGUAGCGCCAAAAAUGCAAAUCUGGCGGCACCCCCCGCUCAUCGAGGGCAACUCUCAACAUCCCCCCCUCCAGCAUCUACACCGUCACCGGUGCCAGCGUUCACCAUUCCAGAGGUCGAAGAGGAGCGCGUCAGCCAUGUACGCAUUCUACCUACGAGUUUACCGUACGUUCACACACAAAUAAUGGACCAACGGGAGAGGGAGCGACAUGCUCCGUCUUACGAACAGUCGACGGAGGAAUCGCUCGGGCGACAGCAACAGCAGGACUGUACCGAGAUCGAGACGGAUAGCCACAAAGAGAAGUCUCCGGAAGAGCAGGCUGCCACUGCAAGGUCACUCAAGCCCCAUUCACGCAGCCUUGUUGAUCUGGAAAAGCUUAGCUUGGAGCCGCCCGAAGGGCUCGAGAAGAUUUCUUCGCAGCCGAAAAGAUCGCGUAAGUGGCAGUUUGGUAUUCGAUCUCGCAACCAGCCAUAUGAAGCCAUGUUGUGUUUGUAUAAAGCUAUUCAGGCGCAAGGUGGCGUUUGGGAAAUCCAACCUGCUGAAUCUGACAACGAUCCCCCGGCAACCCCUGAAAUGUCACCAGAAAUACCAAAACCCUUGCAGAACAAAUAUCCCAACCUUCCAUCAGACUACUACAUCCCCAAAGAUCUCUGGUUCAUCAGAGCCCGGCUCCUCAAGGAGGGAGUCCUUGCUCCAGGUCCAUCAAACAGUAGCCAUUCCAGCCGCAGUGAUCUAGAAGAAUACCGUCGACGAAUCAACCUAUUAACAAAUCCGGAAGAGAAGGCAGCUGCCACCGCCGCCCUGUGCAGGAGUAAUUCGGUGGAUAACCCAAGCCUGACAGGCCCUGCCCCCACAACUUCUGGCGGAACCGGUAGUGGCAACGCUAGUGGUGCAGCUCUAGCGUCCUCAACGCCCGCCCUAGGAUCCUCGUCCUCAUCCUUACUCCAGCACCCCGGCGGGAUUGUACACGGCGUUUGGGUAUUCAUCGAUAUUCAACUAUACCAAUUGGAAGAGAACAAUUUCAUGGUCGACUUCAAAUGCGAUGGGUACCAGAAUGUAAUCCGUGUUGAGAACGAGAGGGGAGGUAGUAGUGGUAGUGCCGGUGCUGCUGAGUGGAGGCCGGUAAGCAAGCGGAUUCGAAAUAAGGAGAAAGAAGUCACUAGCCCCUUCCCAUUCUUGGACGUUGCAUCGGAUUUGGUUGCGCAGUUGGCUGCUGCGAAUUAAGCAUUGGGUCAUUUUCUUGUUCCUCUUUCGGAAUUUUUCCUUACAUUUGCCCUAGCUACCUCCUUUGGUCAUUUAGGUGUUAUAGUCGUGGUGUUGCUUUUUGCAUUAGGCCCUUUCUCAGACUCAAAUCCAUAUGUAUGAUGAUGUUGAUGAUGAUGCUGACGACGAUGACGAUGUUGCGAUUUUCGGUUAUUCGAUACCAUUUGCUCUUUUUUUAUAUGAUUGCUACGCAUUGAUGUGACAUACAGACACACAUCCAGAAAAAAGGAAACCAACAAGGUAUUUCAGCGGAAGGAGAAUGAAAUAAAUUUCGUUUUACGAUCAUUUCGGCGGCGUGUUGCAUAUUUCCGAUGCUUCCCGGGCCAGUCAACACCAUCCGUACAUAUGUCGAAAAAUAAACAUAUCCCAUUUCUGGUGUUUAUUCACUUGCAACGCCUUGCCAUAACUUUCGGAGAAUGUAUACCAGACGACGAUAGAAAAGUACGGAUAUCCAGUGUGUUUGCAUAUUAUCAAAAAGGAAUGGAAAUACCAGGUUUAACGUUAUUUAUGUCUACCGCUACCGCUGGUUCGGUAUUACAAUGAUACGGCUACAUCAAUAUUGGAGUUUGAAUUAUAUAUAGGACCCCGGUUCCGGUGGUAACCAUUUGUUGGAUUCUUAUGUUCCAAGAGGGCCAUAUAUUUAUAAAAUGCACUUGUAUGGUGUUCAGCAGGGACUCUAUAUACAUGUAUAUAUAUGUAUAUUGAGUUGCCCUCUCUGUUGUCUCUUUGCCGCGGGUCCAGACAUUUCCCAGUUUAUUAGUUCAUAUUAAUGGAAAAUUUAAUCAGACCUGGGGGUGAGUUAUGAUCCCUCGAUCUCAGUCAUAGCAAAUCCCCCCUGUCCAUAACUAGAAGUUAAAGUAAACAUGGGAUACACCACAGCAUCUCUAUUAGGGGCCCCAACGUUCCAUCCAAAAAUCACGUGAUGGCAUUCACAUCGACUCCUUGGCAACAGACGUCACCGGAACAAAAGCUCUUCUACCAUUGCCAUUACAUCAUCUUUGUAUCACCGAUCUCCUCUUACAUACCUAGGUAGCUAGCUACUUAGGUAAAAUACAAGUCAAUUAGAAGCUAUUUCUUCUGGUACAAAAGUUUAUUUCAGCGCAUGUGCUAGCCAGGAGCCACGAUGGAAGCUCCCGACCCAUGCUCGAAUCCCAUGGAUCGAGAUACGCGGCAACAUUGUAGCGACUGUGAAUGGCGAAAUUGUUUGGGUGGUCGGGCCAGGGAUGUUAGAUGAGCAACACAUCAAACACGGGAUGCUAUGAGCCCAUACUUUCCCCCUUUGACUCCGGGGUGGUAAUCUUGGAGUGUAGCUUUUGCUAGAGCGGGUAGAUGUGUCCUCUAUAACUGUUUGAAUAUACUAGUGGUGUGGGAUUUGGGCCACAGCUCGACAGAAUAUAACUGCGAUGAGAUGAGAUUGUGAUACAGAAUGUUUUGCUCCAUCACGGCUUGCUUUGACAGAAAAUCUAGGCCUGCACCACAUGGUAUGACUUCUACCCUGGGUACCUAACAGAAGACUGCAUUAGAUGUACCGAGCCACAUCUAGACAAAAAGAGCAAUUUUAAAAGAGAAAGUCAAAAGUGGCCUUAAGUAUAUACCUUCUGAUGAAUGCUGAAAAGAAAGUUAUAUGACGAAGUUAUCAAUUAUACUCCCCUA